CCCACGUGCGGCUUAUCAGUUUGUUGACAAAGUUUUUGCCGGGCCCUUUUCGAACCUUAUUAUUUUGUAAAAGUUCUUGCAAUGCUUCGCACUAGAUCGGUGCUACUUUCUUCGAUUAGGCAUAAGCAUGGUAAAACGCAUUGGUCACAAAUCAACAAGAAGCAGUUCACCAAAGAUCGAGCAUUAGACAAUUUCGAUGAUUUCUAUGGCCAGGUAUUCGGAAAUCGUUGGAAGAGCAUCCGGGUGGCUCUGUUGACCGAACACAAGUAUAUGGCGAUGGUGAAUCAAUUCGGUGAUACGGAAAAAACUAUUGCCUCUUUAGUGGCGGAUGGCGCUAUCAAUGUAAGAGAUAUUUACAAUGCCAAAAAGCAGUUCUUGACCGAUGGAAACAAAGAUAUGUUUUCCGAUGACAAAGUCUUUAAAUUAGAGCAAACAAUUGAAUCGUUUGUCGAAAAUCAACAACGGCAGGAAGUUGAUCGGUUGUAUAAUAAUGACGCCCCAGAAAUAAUGACUCGAAGUCCUGAGCUGAAUGAAGAACAACCUUCAGUAGACUACAAAAAAUCUUUAAAUCAAACCCUGCAGGACAACACAGAGAUGGAUUUUCAGCGACUGAUAGAUCCUAACUUGGGGACGUCGGCUCUGCACGAAUUCGUUCCUGCGACUAAAUUAAAGGGUAUGGAGGACUUUGUUCUCGAAUCUGAGCACUAUAAAUAUUAUAGCAAUAAUGCGGAUUUUCCGAUCAACAUCGAAAUGGACAACCACUUUGAGAUCCCUGAAUAUUUAAAUAUCUUUUCUUAUGAAAGAGGAAACGUUUCCGACUUUCGAUCUCCCCGAAGUUGCUCUACGGGAGUUCUCUCGCAUUUUCUACUAGACGGAGCUUCUAUACUUCCCGCUUUGGCAUUGGACGUUCAGCCUGGCGAUCGAGUUCUGGAUGCAUGUGCAGCUCCGGGAGGAAAGUCACUGCUGCUAUUACAAACUCUGCGGCCCGGGACUCUAGUUUGUAAUGAUGUGCAGGAAAGUCGCGUAAAUCGAAUAAAGAAAUUGAUGCACAGCUAUUUUUACGAUUUUGGUGACAGCAGGAAAAAAGAACGAUGCUUCAUUACACAGUCGGACGCACGUGAUUUGCAGGAGUAUGAAAUGUACGAUCGCAUUUUAGUGGAUGUACCCUGUACUACCGAUCGGCACUCGCUUAUGGAGAACGAUAACAAUAUUUUUAAGCCAAGCAGAGUUAAAGAACGUCUUCGGUUACCGGAACUGCAGGCUGGUAUUUUAGCAAACUGUUUGAAGCUCCUAAGACCUGGGGGAACGCUAGUGUAUUCGACAUGUAGUCUUAGUCCGGUACAAAAUGACGGUGUAGUGCAUAUGGCUCUAACCAAUGUCUUUAAUGACACGGGAAUGACGGUGACGAUAAAAGAUUUGAGUUUAGUGAUGCAGCCAUUCUCGGAUACAUACAAAUUCGCUCAUUCAAAUACGCUGAAAUACGGUCAGUUGGUGUUGCCGUUUCUGCCGGCUAAUUUCGGACCUAUGUAUUUUUGCAAACUAGUGCGAACAAAUUAG